GUUCGUACUCAUUCGACACACCUCAGUCCAAACACAGUUGCGGGAAGAGUUGUGUGGUCGUUCUCGGCCUGAUCGUUGCAAUAUGUUAUAUUUUAUGGCCAAUACAGUGUUUUCCACGCAAUUUUUAAUCUGAUAUUCUGUUCAGAUGUGAAUCCACUUAACGCAAAGACGUGAUAUUCCCAGUGUGUAACUCGAAUCUUAAUACAAGCAAGUUAAUUACGUUUUUAUCAGCGAACGUAUUUACACUCCUUUCAACAUGCAAAAUCCUGUUGAACAAGGUUUCUAAUCGUUAUAAUAAAAGCCGCGUGCACAGCCAGAGUAUCCGGGAAGUGACCCCAAGGACCCGGCCAUACGUUCGAAUACAUUAAACUCUGUUUUCCUUUCCAAAUACGAGACCACGGGAAAUACGUGUCUGCACGUAUUUUUUUAUACUGAAAUAUUGACGAAGAAAUGGACCGAACUUUCGUCGACGAGGAAACUGGAGAGAGUAUUAAUGUUCCAGCUUCCGACUGUGAGAUACAGCGGCUUCUUAGUUCGGUAAACAAUGCUGAAACGGGAGAGCCAGAGAUCAACGUGAUAGGAUUUGAAAUGACUAAGAAUCGAAAGAUACGCUUUCAGAUCCCUAAAGAGGUGAAGGAAACUUUAUCAACCAAGGACGGUUCUCUAAAGAAAAGCGAAAAUCUAAUGGAACUAGAACCUGUCCCCGUUGGAGCCUCUUUUGGACAAAUAAAUCCAGUUUGCCUGUUUUUCCUCGCCGUUUUAUGUUUCCGAUGGUUUUUGCCCGUGUUAAUGAUAUUCGAAGUAUCGUUGCACGUAUGGGCUCACCGUAAAAAUAAGGCAUUGAAAAAUGCUAGCGUUUACUUUCGUUCACCAUUUCAUGCGAUAUCAUCGGAAUUUUGCGCCCUGUGCCAGAAUGAAACGUGCAUGGACCGCGUUGGGAAAAUGCAACAAAUACGUAUGCACAAAUUUUUGCGACAGUGUAAUUAUAUGAAGAGGGCUGUAACGUGAAAACCUUGCCAUUGAAAGUAUGUAUAUUAUUUUUUUAUUCUAAACACCAUGGAAACACGUGUCACAGAUCGAGCAGCGUUUAACGCUGCUUCAAAGAGAACAUAUCGUAUUAAAUGUAUUUUAGUAUUAUGGAAGUAACAAAAGAUAUUUGUGACUUCUAUUCGUUUAGAUUUUAUUAUUCUACGCCUAAUCCAAUUUACUAACGUAAAUGGAACAAAUUAAGAGUAGCAAUGGUGCAGGAAAAAAUUUUUAUAUCGGGGAAUGUGUAUUACUAACAAUAAUAAUGUAACGAUAUAAAUUUCAUAAUUGUUACGCGUGAAAAUUAGCAUAAUGACGGAAGGAAAUAAUUAUGGCAUCAACUUUAUUGAAGUAUUUGUAUUACAAUUUAUUUUAUAAAUGUAAAAAAAUAAGUUACUCUAUUUUGAUAUACGCGGUUAAAUAUUUUACAUAUUAUAACUAAGUGAACUCAGGCACUUGUUGUCGAAGCAAUAAAGUGUUACCCGAUCUUACAUUUUUUAUGCUUUUUAAAAUAAAAUGAUUCGAUAAACA